UUGAAUUGUAAAGAAGUUUUUAAAGGAUUCACCAUGCUGAAAGCCCUCUUGAUUUUCUUUGGCCUCCUGGCUUUGACUUCCGCCGCAUCCGUGGGUACUGCCAGUAAUGUCACCGAAGUUUGCCAGUCGGAGGAUGAGUUGUGGGGCGGCGAGGACAUACGUAAGUUCUACUUCUGCCUGAAUGACAAGGUGAUCGCCGAUGAAUGCGACUCAGGCUACUAUUUCGUGAACAAUGCCACCAUCUGUGGAUGUCUACCUGCCGCCCAGAUGAACCCCAGCUGCGUGAACCUGGACGCCGCAAAGCCAGACUGCACCGGAAUCAGCAAGACGCAGCCCCAGCCCUCCGCUGAUGUGGCUAGCUUCUAUCUGUGCGCCAACGACACAGCCACGGAGUUGGCGUGUCCCGAUGGCAAGGCCUUUGUCAAUCAGGAUGGGUAUCUCGGAUGCUUCGUGUGGACCCAGUGGCGCUCAUUGCGCAACUGCACCGACGGUUGAUGAUAUCUCCGACGUUUUAAUUAUAGUUCUUCCAGCGCUAGCUCUAUCCACUUGUCGCGAUUAAAAGUGUCCGAAUUGAAAUGUUA